AUGCCGAACACUGGGGAUUCGAUUACUACGAGGAUGGUGAAUGCGAAAUACAUAUCGAAUCUCAGGUUGAUGGGGACAUUCAAAAAGGAACCUCUCGCUGCUAAAGACCGUUCGGUUGAUCUUGAUGGACUCAUAGCGAAAGAGGAAAUCGCGAUUAGGGAUAUGGAGAAACUUGGUGUUGGUGUUACCAAAGAGGCGCAGAGUAUCUUCGACGCGUUGUCUGAGACGUAA